AGUCGCAGCAUGAAGAUGCCACAAAGAGUUCGCUGGCUGCUGAUGCUCAUCGCAGUGCUGCUGCGGGCUGGCAGCAGCGAGGCGCGACGUAGCGGCUAUCGACUGCCACAGCUGCAAGGACGCAGCGCAGGCUCCACCGUGGCGGUGGAAGUGGAUGCGGCUGCAGCUGCAGUUCCAGACACUGCAAGCACUGGGCGAGAUUUUCUUAAGAAAUUCAUGCUGCUGCGUGGCAUUUUUCAGCAGCCGCCCAGCGACAAUGUCAUCGUGAUUACGCAGCCCUCCACGACGACAACGACAACGGCCACGCCCACGCCCACAACGACAACAACAACGACGACAACAACAACGACAAACAGUUCACGAGCGAUGGAUCAUGGCAGAAAGACGGAGGAGCGGGAGCUGGAGGAUAAUGUGGAAAUGGUCGAGCUGGCAGGGCCCACGAUGACAGGAGUCGAAGUGCAAGAUGGCUUGGACCUGCCAUCAAAUGAGGCACUGCCGCAGCGCAGGCAAACAUACAAACAACAAAAACUGAAGCGCAAAAGGAACUUUCAGCAGCAGCAGCAGCAGCAGCAACUCCGCUCCAAGAAGACCCAUCAUCACCGUCACGCGCACAAGCCAAAGCAGAAGCAGAAGCAGAAGCAGCAGCAGAAGAAGAACAAUCGGUCGACGACUCGCGCUUGCAGCGCAUCUGGCGGCGACUGCAGCUCAACAACUGAAUAA